GUCCUGCAGAAGCAACUGAAGGAGAUGCAGAAGACGCUCCAGCAGAGAAUCCAGCAGAGAGAGAAAGAUCUCCAGCAGCUGAGAGAGGCUGUGGAGUCUCAUAAGCGCUCUGCACAGACAGCAGUGGAGGACAGUGAGAGGAUCUUUACUGAGCUCAUCCACUACAUUGAGAGAAGCCGCUCUGAGCUGAAACGACUGAUCAGAGAUCAGGAAAAGACUGCAGUGAUUCGAGCUGAAGAACGACUGGAGCGACUGGAGCAGGAGCUCAAUGAUCUGAGGAGGAGAGACGCUGAGCUGGAGCAGCUUUCACACACACAGGAUCACAUCCAGUUCCUGCAGGUAACACAGAUCUACAAUAACAGGGUCAGAGUGGACUUGAGCAGAUUCUGCUGUGACAGAGACUCACAGAGAAACAUUUAAUGAGUGUCUUAUUAUAUAAUCAUCAGUCAGACUCUCAUCUGAUCAUCUUCUUUUGAAAGAGACAAAUGGCUUUCAUCUCUGGAAAUCUCUAAGGUAAAAUGACUGAAUCUGUGGCGGCUUUCCUCAAAAAUUGAUGUAUUUGUAUUAUUUGCAGGCUACUGGUGAAAUCAGGUAUUAUGUGGACUAGCAAAUAUUCGGCCCAAUAUACUUUAUAUUCAGUAUCCAUGU